CCAGGCAGGCGCAGCCAGUCGGGACUGCCGCCUCGCGCCGGCCGGACCUGCAGCUGCUGUGUGAGCCUCGAGCGCGCGCUGGUGGUCGGUGGGAGGGUGCGCGCGGACUCUUGCUGCUCCUGCUGCCUUUGCUGCUGCUGCUGCUGCUGUGGAUAAAAAAGGGGCGAUCAAAGCAAAGACGGUUCUGAAGUCUGCGCGCGAGGCUGGCUAGUUUGCAGAUCUGUAACCAUUACCCCCUUGCCUGUCUCUGACCUCACAACCCUGGACUGCCCACUCACCGUGACUGAAGAGGCCGCCAUGAGCCAGGAGGGGCAGGGUGACCCCCUCCAUGCAGACACCCCACCUCCAGAGAUGCUUGCACAGGCCCAAGAGAAGGCCGAAAUCCCAGAGACUGGAGAUGUGGAGCAAGUUAAGAUGGAGAACGAUGUUAAGGGGGUGAAUGGAUCGGAGUGUGAAUGUGAGGCAGAGGAACAGGUGAAUGGGGAUGAUGGAGAGAUGGAGGCAGAUUCAGAAGACGCCAGACCAGAAGAAGAACACAAUGGGGACGUGUUGGCCAAUGGAGAUGUGGAAGGCGAGAGGACAGAAGAAGAGCAGAUCGCUGAGGAUUCUAAAAAGAAUGGAGACAGUGAAAGCUGUUGCCUGCAGGCAGAGUCUGACCACAGCAUUGGAGACAGUGCUAAUGUCCCUAGCUCUGAAUGUGGUGGGCUUGGCGUCCCCCCACCUCCAUCGGACCAACCGUCAGAGGAUUCGGCAGAGCCGCAGGACCCUGUGAGGGUGCAAAACGGCACUGGCGAGGACAGCGAAGGGCAGGAAGAAGACGAAGGCUGUGACGAAGAGCCGGCUCGGGGGAACGUGGACAAGUUCAGCUCCACCUUUGAGCUUUCGGUGGAAGAAACGGACGCAGAGGUAGAGGAGGAAGAGGAGGUACAGAACCAGGACAGCUUCAGCUCUGCGUUUGAGCGCAUCGUGGAGCAAGCCAGUGGAUCCGCGGCACUUGAGGACGAGGAGGAGGACGCUGGCGAGGAGGAGCAGGACAGGACCAAGGAGACCCAGGACGGAUUCAGCUCCACGUUUGAGCGUAUCGUGGAGUCGGAGCUGCUGCGGGGCGGCACCUGCUACAGCAGCUUGGACUCGCUGGACGUGCUCUCGCUCACGGAUGAGACAGACAGCUGUGUGAGCUUCGAGGCGCCCCUUACUCCCCUCAUCCAGCAAAGGGCAUUGGUAGGGCCCGAGCCGCCAGAGCUGGAGCUGGAGACGGUGCAAGAGGGGGCCGAGACCCAGGAGGGGGAGGGAGAGGGGGACAAUGGAAUGGACGAAGCAGGGUCCGGAAGCCCCCUCCGGACCUCCAUCCCAGGCAGCAGGUCUGAAAAUGUCCUGAGCCAGCCGGCGCAGUGGAGCAUUCCUAAUGGAUUCCACAAUGACCUGCCAGUCAACAGGGAGAGGUCAGGAAUCCUGCCCAGCUCUGUCAGUGAUGCCAAUCUCACAGAUGGACUGUGUGACUCUGAGCUGGGCAGCCUGGAGACCCUGGAGAGGGGCAGCACGGAUACCCUGGCCAACGGUUGCCGUGCAGACGCAGAUGCUUCCAAGCGGCUGGCUAAACGGUUGUUCUACCUGGAGGGCUUCAAGCGGUGUGACGUGGCGCGACAUCUGGGGAAGAAUAAUGACUUCAGCCAGAUGGUGGCAUCGGAGUAUCUGAGCUUCUUUGACUUCACAGGGUUGUCUUUAGACAGAGCGUUAAGGAACUUCCUGAAGGCAUUUCCUCUGAUGGGAGAGACGCAGGAGAGAGAGCGAGUUCUAGUGCACUUUUCCAAACGCUUCUGCCACUGUAACCCUGAGGCCCUCACCUCCGAAGAUGGAGCUCACACGCUGACCUGUGCUCUUAUGCUGCUCAAUACAGACCUGCAUGGCCAUAACAUUGGGAAGAAGAUGUCUUGCCAGCAGUUCAUUAGCAAUCUGGAUGGUCUGAAUGACGGCAAAGAUUUUCCCAAAGAAUUACUUAAGGUGCUGUAUAACUCAAUAAAGAACGAGAAACUAGAAUGGGCCAUUGAGGAAGAGGAGUUGAGGAAGAGUCUGUCAGAGCUGGUGGAGGACCAGUGCGAGGCAGGGGGAAAGCGUGUUGUCAGGGUAACAGAUGGCAGUAACCCUUUCAUUGCCAUCCCUCUGCUGCUCAAUGCUGCCACCUACAAACACGGCAUCCUCAGCCGCAAAAGCCACGCAGACAUGGACGGCAAACGCACCCCAAGAGGACGGAGAGGCUGGAAGAAAUUCUAUGCUGUGCUGAAGGGCAUGAUCCUCUAUCUGCAAAAAGAUGAGUAUAAGCCAGACAAGGACCUGUCUGAAGUGGAUCUGAAGAACGCAGUGCGUGUGCACCACGCGCUGGCCACCAGAGCCAAUGACUACAGCAAGAGACCCAACGUGCUCAAACUCAAAACAUCAGACUGGAGAGUCUUCCUCUUCCAGGCUCCGAGUGAGGAAGAGAUGAUGUCAUGGAUCUUCAGGAUAAAUCUGGUCGCUGCUUUGUUCUCGGCUCCUGCGUUUCCUGCGGCCAUCGGCUCCAUGAAGAAAUUCUGUAGACCAUUGCUCCCAUCAUCUACGACCAGGCUCAAGGAGGAGGAGCAGCUGAAAUGCCAUGAGAGUAAACUGAAGCAGAUAUCUCUGGAGGUGGAGGAGCACAAGAAGAGCCCUCCAGAGCUCACGCCCAAGAGCAAAGAGACGGAGGAGUACCGCAUCAAAGAGCACUAUCUCACCUACGAGAAAAGCCGUUAUGAGACGUACGUCAACCUGCUGCAGGCCAAACUGCGCGUGGGGAGCGACGACCUGGACAAGAUUGAAGCCAGCCUGUUCAGUGGAGACGGCCGCGACUGCCACCUGCGCAAAACCCAAUCCAGCCCUUCCAUCAGCCAGGGUCCCGGACUCAACGGCCGAGCCGCUCAUAAAAACCCCGACAACCACAGCUAAAGGACUAUGCAGGGCUCUGUGAACUCCUGAACUGCAGUUAAGUGUGGCUUAACUGCAGCCUUGACGGUAUUGAGACAGCUGAGGCGGUUCUCUUUCUGGAAAAAGAGAGAAACGUGAACGUAGCAUUAAAAAAUGUCAUUAUUUCAGUGUACAGUAAAUUAUGACUAUUGUAAGUAUCCUUAGUAUUAUUACUAUUAUAACACCAGUUAACAUUUUAAUACUGAAAUGGACAUUCAUUAUGUGCCAAAAAAGGAAAUACAGAAUUAAAGAGGAGACCAAGACUGUAUCAGAGGGACACGUUUGCGAUGGUGAAGGAGAUGCACUAAUGAGGCUCAUCGUGCGUAAUGCCAGAAGAGCGAGCACCUUUCCUGAAGUUGGUCAGACUUUGUAACAUCACAGUGAUGAUGGAACAGUGUCACAUUGUCAUGACACGCUUAGAGUGACAUCAAAAAUCGGUAUGUGAAUCCUGUGAGGCUGUAUGAAGAGAUGGCUUCCUGACUGACCUGUUUUGUUUUUUGUUUUGUUUUUUGCUAGAGAUGUAGCACUUGGCUUAUUCAUGAGGCCUCUGGUGUCUCAGCCUCUGUAGUAGCCAUUUUAAGGGCUCCGUCACGCACUGAGGUGUGUGUUCAGACUCAUAUGAGCUGUCUACAGUAAUGCAAAUACAAUAUGCCCAUUAUUUAUUAUGUCAUAUUUAUUUAUCGUGAGGUUACCUUUCUGAGCCGUUACAGUGGACUCCGGCACUUGUAAUGUUGAAAGCAAUUUAUCUUAAACUAUCAAAACUACUUCUAUAUUUAAUCACAGUUUUUUUCAGUGAAAAACCUUCUGGGGGGCGAUGGGGGACCCAAGGCAAGGAGGUUCUACUUCAAACAAAAUGUUUUACGUAUCAUAUAAUGAGAGAAGACAGGGUAUGUGGUGAGAAACAGAAUCACAAAGCAUCAGAAAAUGUGCGUAUGAGUGCAGGAAUGUGUGCGAGUGGAAGUGUGGAUGUAUGACUGACGGAGUGAAAGGGAAAUACAGGAAUUAAAAUGCGAGAGUUAUUUGUAUGUUGAAGUACAACAGUGAAGAAGAAGAUCAUUCGUAAGUGUUUGAAAGCGACACAGGACUGCAUGUCUUCUUCAGCAGACCACAAAAGCCUUCCCUACAAACCUGGACGAAGCAUGAUGCAGCAGGACUGCAAAUUCCGACCACGUUCCACGCCCCCGAUCAGCUCCUGAUGACUGCAUCUCACAGUCACUGUAGCAUAAGGGACUACCUGACUCAAUUCUGUUCAUAUGGUUUAAGUUGCUGUAAAUCAGUAUGGUGAAUAUGGGAUCAGUGCUACUUGUCCAGAAGAAGAAGGCCUGCCCAUGGCUCUAUAACUAUGCUUGGCUCUUCACCUGGCGUAUUCCCAGCCCCAGAUGUAUCUCCAUCCACCCUCAUGGUACGGACUUUCUGUGUUCGAGCAACGGCAAGUAGAUUUUUCUAGUGCAGUUUUGGCGCAUGACGACGUUGAGAGUGAGAGAAUGAGCUUUUGGCUCUCACACUGCUAUAUGUGUGUAAUAAAGAGCUGCGAUUUUAUACACUCUUAGUAACUGCUUUCUUAAACUGACUUCCCUAUACUUGUCGCUUUGGCUGUUGUGCUAACAAUGAUUUUCCCCAAUGUUUAGGGUAGAAUACAAAGCUGUUGUAAUAAAAGAUUGUGAUGAUUAUUUUAUAAUUUA